AUGGCAAGAGUUCAAGAAAGAGAGAGUCACCCCUUAGAUGAAGCAACUACGUUCUAUUCUUUCAAGUCAAUUUUCUCAUUGAGUCAUCCCACUAUGUUGGCGUUAGAGCUAAGGGGGCAGUAUGUUAUUCGCAUACCUAAAAGAGAAGUAGCUAAGAUUCAAUGGGGCGGGGGUUCCGUAGGCGGCCAUGCCCAAGAUAAGACAUGCGUAUACGCGCAGUUAUGCGCACGCUUUGAUGCUCUCUUUGCCUUACAGGCUCUAGACCCACUCUUCGUGUUCCCCUGGUGCACAACUCUCGUUGAAUUACCUAAACAGUGGACCUGUAAAGCAUAUAGGCUAGCUACACUUAAGCAGCCUUUUCCUUACGGGUUUAUGACGCCUGAAACGGUAGACUACGUUGGACUAGUCCCGAUAUCAAAUAUUAGUGAAGGGAAAUCCUUCCGAGGACCCCCGGCUUCAGAGAAGCCCGCAAAACAAUGGCGUUUAUCCCCUUUCCUUAAAACUGGGUUCCAGGCCAGGGUGCUGAUUUGCAGCUACUCCUCUUUUAACCCUACCCUUCCAAGGCGAUCGCCAAGGGAAGCCAUUGCAGGGAGUCGAUCCCUGCAGUUGGCCGCUAAGGCAGCUCGUCCUGCCUAUAAUGCCAAGAUUGUUGUACGAGCCCCUACCCUUAACAAUCCAAUGAAUUCUUUACUAGUUGCCUCGGGGCCUACGGAGGCUAAGGAGCCGUACCCCCCGGCUACCGGCGCCUUAGCGCCUACCCAACAAAAGGGUAUAAAAAGACUAGAUGUUAAGGUUUUCCCAACUGGGAGUCCUUAG